AUGAUUGGUCCUGAUGUGGUUGAUUACAUGAAGACCGGUAAAGGGUCAGAGGAUUACAGCACCCGAGGAGCCUUCCAGUUCUCCAUUUUGAAACAACUCCUGACAGAUGGAGAAUAUGAGAAAUAUAAAGAGUACAUUAACCAUUAUGAAAAGUUUGUGAAGGACUGGCUGUUUGACCAGAUUGUCCAACAACUCUCAAAGGACAACAGUCUGGAGAAAUUGGAGAAGAAACAUCUUUCAGAGAUAGUCAAGAUAAUCACUGUUGCAAUUUCAAACAUCAGAAACACAACUAGUACUGUAAAAGAUAUCAAGACGUUCAUUCAGAACAUCUGCUGUGCACUUGGUGAGAAGCUUGUCUUCCCCAAGGAUGCUCUGGAUUCCAUCAUGACUCUGAACUACUUUACUAACACAGCACAGUUUGCUGACUACCUCACAGCGUUUGUGGGAAAAAUGGAGCAGUCACUGGCAACUGAGUACGAUAAGAGAGGAGACAUUAAAAAGAGACUCAGAUCUCUGCCAUUCAAGCCUCAGGAGGAGAUGUUCACCAGUGUGUUUGGCUGUGGGGAGGCAUGUCCCUUCUGCCAUGCACCCUGUGAAGCAGGAGGGAAGGAGCAUGCCAAACACUUUACCUCCAUUCACCGUCCACACGGAGUCAUUGGUUGGAGCAGAAGAGUGACAAAGGUGCUAGUUAUUGACAUAUGUUCAUCUCUUGUGAUAAGUGGCCGUUCAUUUUACAAUCCCUCAACAGCAAAAGAAUCUUAUCCCUACAAGGACUACCAGACAUAUUACCCUAACUGGGUCAUAACUGGAGAUCCCAGCGUUGAGGCUUCAGUCUACUGGAAGUAUGUGAUGGCCACAAUCAAUGAGAGAAUUGCUACAGGAUACACUCCCUGCUGA